UAAAAGUGAAAACGAAAGUAGUUUAGGCUUUCUUCCUGAAACUUCAAAAUUGAGAUAAAGUUGCUUGUAACAUCUGAAAGUCUAAUGUAAUUCAUCAUGGUGUUCUAAGACAAAUAUCCGAUAAUGAGCUACUUAGAACGGUAGAGACAGCCUACUUCACUUAAAGCAGCAGAUGUCUGUAAAGAACAGCAGAGAUGAGUUUAAACUGAUUGGUCCCUGUGAUGGAAAACUUCAGUUUGUCUCUGCUGUCACUCUCUCCUGUCACCUCUCUCCUAUCAACAAUGCUGUUGCCAUGGAGAUCAGGUGGUUCAUUGUGGGGGCAGACUGUGUUUGCCUCUAUAACAAUGUGCAGGUGAUAGAGGGGAGGGGCUAUGAGGACAGAGUGAGUCUGUUCACUCAGGAGCUGCAGGGAGGAAAUGUCUCCUUACAGCUGAGAGACUACGGAGAGUCAGAUACAGGAGAUUACCUGUGUCAGGUCAGCAGUCGAGACAGAACAGAGGAUCUUACAGUAAGAGUAGGCUAUAGUACAGAGACACUAUGGAUGGAAAGCCUGCCUGGAAUGGAUGCAGGUGUUGCCUUUGUGGAUGCACACUGAAAAAAGCUCAUCCAGAGAGUUACCUCAAUGAUGGAGAUAGCAGACUGCCUGAAAAGCAUAGACCUUAUCAGUGAUGAAAUAUACAGUAGCAUAGAAGCAGCAAGAACACCUCAGGAGAGAAUGAGGGUCUUGUAUGAAUUUCUUCAAUCACGAGCCAGAGCUGUGAAAGAGAAGUUCUAUGGAAUCCUUAAGGAGAUGGUUCACAUCUCGCAGGACCUGUCCUGGUCCCGCCAUACCAGCUCCCUGGCAAAGAAGGCUCGUCA